AUGAACAACAACGAUAACAGUACGUCGUCAUCAUCAUCAGCAUCACCAACAAGGUCAGGAACGAGUUCAGCACCAGAGGGUGGAAACGGCGGCGAUGAUCGCGGCCACCGCCUCGCCGUCGCACAUGGGGGACUUUACUUCUUCCGCUCCUUGGUCUGGGACCUUCUCGAGUCGGGGAAAUAUUCCGACUUUACGAUCAGAGUCAUAAAAAAAGGAUCAUCGACGCCGCGCGAGUUUCGUGUCCAUCGCGCCAUCGUGUGUCCUCAGUCCAAGAUCUUUGAGGCUGCUUGUCGGGGGGAGUUCGUGGAAGCGUCCACAAAUACAAUCACGCUGAAUGACGACGAUCCCGAGAUUGUUGAGCAGAUGAUCAAGUAUUUUUACACACAUCGGUACGAUGACGACGAGGAUUGGGAGUAUUAUCGGUGGAAUCCAACAGCAGGUGGAAUAAGACCCGCCACAAAGACAGGCGACGGUAUCGAACAGUGUGAAUCUGGAGAGGCGGCACAAGAGCGAUCAUCGAGCAAUCUGUCAUCCCGGAAAAAGCAUUUUGGUUAUAGCGCUGGCUACAGUUACAGCCCUGACUCUGAAUACGGCAAUGCCACGGUCCCCAACUCCCUCCGCGUUUACGCCAUCGCAGACAAAUACCUUGUCCUCCCCCUCAAAGAGCUCGCCCGGAUCCGCUUCACCAAAUGGGCCGCCCACCACUGGUCCUCGCCGCGCUUUCUGUCUGCCGUCAGGGAGAUCUUUGACGGCGAGACGGGCAACUACGCCGAGCUGCAGGAGGCGGUCAUUGCGCCGCUGGUCCGGCAUGCGGACGAGCUCCUUUUUAACAACCACAAUUAUAAUGACGAUAAUGAUAAUGACCGCAAUGAUGAUGACGACAAUGUGGGCCAGUUGCUACAUGACUACGGCGAGAUCAGCCUCGCCGUGCUACGGCGCGUGCUUGAGCGCAGCCGCAUCGCACAGCGUGGGCUGGAAGUCGACGUCGCGGAGCUGCAGUCGCGCGUCGAGGCACUGCAGUGCGAAAACCGCAAGAUCGACGUGCUUCAGAGUCAGAACCGGCGGCUGACAAAGGAGUUGCUCGAGAUGAAGAUGGCGCUUAUCUCAAGGAGGCGUGGCAGAGAGGCCUCUUCUUCGAGAGGGGAGCGAAGUAGUCGUACCCAUGUUCACCAUCAUCAUAGAUGA